AUGGAAAAUGGCCACUAUGUGGGUACAAGUCAUAUUAUUUCAUUAGCUAUUGAAAUUGUGAAAGUGACCAGUUCUUACCUGAAAAAAUCUAGUGCCAUGGAAAACAGCAGAAGAGAAGUCAUUAACAACAACAAUAAGAAGAAUAAUUGUAACGGAGCUGGCUCAAAUCGUCCGAAGAACGGAGUUUAUCAGCUGGUCCAGCACGAGGUGCUCCACUCGUUGACCACCGAAUACGAGGUCCUCGAGUUUCUUGGACAGGGCACUUUUGGACAGGUCGUCAAAUGCUUAAAAAGAGGCACUAAUGAGAAAGUGGCCAUAAAAAUUCUGAAAAACCAUCCGUUGUACAUUCAGCAGGGUCAAAUCGAGAUCUCCAACCUGUUACGUCUCAAUGAAGAAAAUGCGGAUCAGUUUAACAUCGUACGUGCCUACGAAUUCUUCCAGCACAAAUCGCACCCCUGCUUAGUAUUUGAGAUUCUGGAACAGAGUCUUUAUGACUUUAUGAAGCAACAUCGAUUCUCGCCUUUGCCACUCGAGUGCAUUAGGCCGAUUCUCCAGCAGGUUCUUACGGCAUUGCUCAAACUCAAACAACUGGGUUUGAUCCACACGGACCUGAAGCCGGACAACAUCAUGCUGGUUGACCCCAUCCGACAGCCCUACCGUAUCAAAGUGAUCGACUUCGGCUCGGCCUGUCACAUAUCCAAGGCCGUCUGCAAUAGUUACGUCCAAACACGAUACUACCGUGCCCCAGAGAUUAUACUUGGUCUUCCAUUUUCCGAGGCUAUUGACAUGUGGUCGCUCGGCUGCGUCGUCGCUGAGCUAUUCAUGGGUCAGCCUCUUUACCCCGGUAGUUCAGAGUACGACCAGAUUCGCUACAUUAGCCAGACUCAAGGCCUGCCAACCGAAGAAAUGCUCAACAAUGCUAGCAAAACAAGCAAGUUCUUCUGUCGGGAUAUAGAUGGCACGUAUUCGUUUUGGCGUCUCAAAACUCCCAAUGAAUACGAAGCCGAGACUAGCGUUAAACCCAAAGAAAACAGAAAAUACAUCUUUAAUUCUCUCAACGACAUUGGUUAUGUUACUACGGAUCAUGAAGGAGGCCAAUGUUUUGCCAAAAAGGCCGAUCGCCAAGAGUUUAUUGAUCUACUCAAGAGGAUGCUCACGAUGGACCAGGAGUGCCGUACAACACCAGACGAAGCCUUGAACCACGCCUUCGUCACCCUAACCCACCUCGUCAACAACCGUACCAGUGACUUGGCAAACAGUUUGCCGUACUACCAACCCACUCCCGCACCUCAGCCAGCACUGUCGUCCGUCAUGGCAAACUUCCACGAGCCAACGUCCAAAAGCACCACUGGUAACAACCAAGUGCAGCGUCUGGUACCCCAAUACCGAACCACGCAGCCUGGCUACAAUGACCUUUAUGAGAUGUACAGGUCCAACAAUGGUUGCCAAACCAACCAGUAUUAUAGCUCGUCUAUCAGCUCGAUCGGAGGCCAAAGUGGGGUCCACGACUUCCCGCAACAACUGGUGCAGGAUAUUCUAUGCCCACAACCUGGCUAUCAGAUCAUGCCCAGCCUUACCAAGCACGUCAUCUUGGCCCAGCCUCCCUGGGCCCCACAGACGCAACUACAGAUACAGCCCUCCAUCAUUUCGCAGCAGCCGAGGGUAACUGAUCGGCAGGAGCUUUUGGCGAACGUGGUGCAAACACCCUAUCCCGAUGGUAGCAGGCAGAUGGCCACAAUCGUGCAUCCCUGGGAAGAAAUACUUAGCCAGCACAAUGCUAUUCAACAGUUGUGGACUCCGUCGUUGCAGUCAAUACUGGCAUCACAAUCUUUGGCUACCUUGACAUCGCACGAUGACCAUCACUCAUUGUCUUUGUCCUCAUCUUCGUUGUCAUCAAGCGAACACCACGUGCAACAACAAAAUGAUCAUCCAGCCAAGGGGUUUCAUGGCAGACAGCAAACAAUCACGAUUUAUGACACGCCCUCACCUGUGGCGUCUGUCAUUAAUAUCAGCAGCGACGACGACGACGAGUUCCAGGAAAAAGGUACUGAAUCGACAUCAAGGACGAUAUGCAGAAGUCAGACCAAACAUGAUCAGUCAACGACCCAACAUGCUCAGCCCAUGAAGUACAUGCCUGAGCCCCAGCACCAUAUCAAGUCUGGCUGCUCUUUUCAAUCAAACAAGAAACGUCCUUUGGCGGAGUGCAAUGUGAUGAAUGUGUCAACGAAACGAAAAAAGUUGGCAGUUGCUGCUGUCAGUGAGGUGCAGCACCGAUGCCACGAGCAUAAAAAGGAACAGCAACAGCGCAACCCCGUGAAGAAGCGCAUCAAGGAGAAUAUUCCACCAAGGAACAGUGGCUGGGGUGAACGGCAAUACUCACCCCUGUCGACGAUUCAGUCUCCAUUGCCAUCGUCGUUGUUAUGGCAGUCGUCGUUACAGCCGAUACAAUCCUCGGCAUCUUUGACGUCACACCACAACCAUCACUCGUUGUCUUCAUCUUCAUCUUCAUUAUCCUCGAGUAAACACCACCUACACCAGCAGAACAAGCAUCCGGCCGAGGGCUUGUAUAGCUGGCAGCAAAUGAUCACAAUUCACGACACUCCUUCACCUGCAGCCUCCGUUAUUAUUGUCAGCAGCGAUGACGACGAUGACGACAAGUCCCCAAAAAAUGGGGUGGUAUCUAAAUUUACCAAGUGCAUGAUAUUCGCGGACAACAACAAAGAGAUCAGUCCUAAGAACCGUCGGAUCCACCACUCACAGAAGGUAUUUUGCCCGCAGCCAUCAAUCCUGCUGACCCAACACCAGCAGCAGCCGCAGACGACCCUGGAUAUAAAGCAGGUGCCUCGGCCACAAUAUCAUAGCGAUUCUAGCUACAAUUUACAAUCGCAAAGGAAGCGUCCGUUGACAAAAAUACAGUCCGAGUGCAAUUCGAUAAAUAUCCCGACGAAACGACGAAAGUUGGCAGAUGCUGCUGCCAGCGGGGUGCACAGUAACGGGGUACUGUAA